UAUCUAUAAUAAUACAGAUGCGCAUAGACACACAUAUGGACCCCCCUUCCCACCCAAACAUAGCUAGGUACGUGUGUCUCUCUAAAGGUGCAUAUAAACCAUACGUUGCUAUUAUAGCCACAUAAUAUAUGCGCACAAAGAAAAUAAAACGAGAACGUAUUAUGGCAUGUAUCUAAAGAUAUUUUGCAUCACAGGCUUUAUCCCACACAAAUACGUCCAUGUCCGCUUCUGAAGCUCUGUCAACACAAAAUUAGCCAAAUCUUCCAUUUCUUAAAAGGCUAAAGACUUGUAUAUGUUGGCCACUCUACACCCAAGCCCAAUGUAUACACUGAGGGGGGCAUGGGAAGCCGUAUUUUAUGAAGCGUUGUACCAUAGGCCUAGCACCAGGUGACGCUAUAGUCUCGUAGUCUUGGUUUUUACUUGGGGCCUUUAGUUUGCUUUGCCAACAUAUCAGAUACGUUUCACAGGCUUCCAUCAAUAACCUCCUGGGGUCAUCAAGCCAAAUUUAUGACUGGCCAACACAGUCACGUGAUUCUAUUUAAACAUGCCAUAUUUGGGCAGCGCACAUUGAAUAAAGAAAGAAGAAUCUCCACCUAUAAAUUCUGCACUUUAGAGAACAAAAAACCCCCUGAACUUCAAAGGGCCACAAAUCAAGCCUAAUCAAAAGGGUGCAAAAAAUCCGACAUGAGUUCUUACGUAGCCAAUUCGUUCUAUAAGCAAAGUCAAAAUGCUCCUGCCUAUACCAUGCAAAGUUAUGGGAAUUAUGGAUCUCUGUCUGAGGUUCAGUCAUCCAGGUAUUGCUACAGUGGGCUGGAUCUAAGCAUCACAUUCCCAUCCUCUGGUUCUUCCAACUCUCUGAACGGUUUGGACAUGUCUUCAAGCCCUAGAACUAACCCCGACCGACCUUCCUGUACAGUCAUGGGUUCUUCAGGGCACUCUCUAGCCAGAGACGACCAGACUCCUCUAAACCCAGGAAUUUACAGUCAGAAGGCUGGUAACACGGCGUUGGAGGAUAGAUCUAAGGGCACUGGCGAGAUCAAAGCGGAGCCCGUGCAAACUACACAACAAGGAGGGCAACAACUGCAGCAGCAGCAACCACCACAAAUAUAUCCGUGGAUGACCAAACUACACAUGAGCCAUGAAACAGAUGGCAAACGUUCCAGAACUAGCUAUACUCGCUACCAAACUCUGGAACUAGAAAAAGAAUUUCAUUUCAACAGAUACCUCACACGCCGGAGGCGCAUUGAAAUUGCCAACAACCUGUGCUUAAAUGAAAGGCAAAUCAAAAUCUGGUUUCAGAACCGGAGAAUGAAGUGGAAGAAAGAUUCCAAAUUGAAAAGCAAAGAUUCUCUCUAAGUAGAAGGAUGACUCUCUAAAGAGAGAGUCAAUAAAUAUUUACACGAGUUUGGUUGUAAUCUACCUUCAAAAAAACUUUUCUUUUUAGGGUGGGGAGGGGGUCGUGUUGCUGAAUGGACUGUGUUACAUACCCUCACAAAUCCAUCAGACAAAGGAGUUAUCUUAUUAGUAUGCAAAAACCUGCUCUUCGCUUCAUGCAGAACUUAGUGUAUAGCUCUUUAGAUUGUUACUCAAUGUUCUAACCUGUACGUUCUGGGGGGCGGGAGGGACUAUCAUAAUCAUGUUGCUCAAAAACAAUCCGCAGAGCUAAUGGGUUAUAUUUUAUCAGUGCUAGAAUAAUAACAAUAGCAACAACAAUAAUAAGCUGCCUACGGGAGAAAAAACUCAAAGUAAGUUGUCUAAAGUCACAGAAUCUUCCUUAAUUGUCUGCUUAAUCUUAGCAGAAAGGAAAAUGCGGAUAUAUUUUACUGUAUGUAAAUUAACCUCUGUAUCCUCGGGUUGUACGUAAAAGACCUGACACCUCCACUGUUACUUUCUGAAGCCUAAAAGAAAAAUGUUUACUUGUACGUGGAUUGGAUAUAUCCACAGCUUAUUUCAUAGAUGCACUUGUCCUCAAACAUGGCAAAAAAAAACCCUCUGAGACGAGUUGGUUUUGUUUGUUGGUUUGUUUUGUUCGGACUUAGAAUUCAUUAUUUUUUAUUAUUUGCAUAUGAAAAGAAAGGAAUGGACUAUGAAAUAAUCGGCCUGAGCAAUCAUCCGAAAUAUCUUGUGCAGAAGAGUAAAGCAUGUGGGGAAAAUGAAUUAUCUGGACCUAAUAUUAUUGUGUAUUUAUUUGUUGAGUAAUUAAUGUAGAUUUGCUAAAUGCUAAAAAUAUAUAAAAAAGCAAAAAUUUGUACAUCUUUGUUUAAAUGUAGUCCAUUAUAAUAACUUGUUUUCAAUAAUGUACGCCGUAUAUUUAUUGGUUGCAGUUUCAUAUGUGAAAGACCAUGGAACUUAUAUUUUGUCAUAUUAAAUAAACACUAAAUAAUACAAAAC